AUGUCGUCGUCUGAUAUUUCGGUUGAUGUUGAUUUACAAGAUACCACAGAAAACGAUCCUUUGGUUCCUGAUGAAUCAAUAACCACUCAUCAUGAGGAACCGCCCUCAACAUGUGCGGAGAAUUUAAGAAAGCCACACUUUCUGUGGAUGAUACUGUUUAGUAUUUCCCUGUCAACUAUUAUUACCUCGACAAUAGCACCUCUUGACAUUAAAUGCUGGGAAUAUUACUCGGAAAAUACUACUUUUUCUUCAAGAUUACCACGUGAGGAAGACUGCAAAAUGCCAGAAGUAUUGGCACUGGCUGCCGGAUGUUUAAAAUUGUAUCAGAUGGUAUCAUAUUUUGCAGCAUUUUUAUCAAUAGGUUAUUUGUCAACACUUUCGGAUUACAAGGGUCGUCGAUUUAUAUUUAAGCUUUCAAUUAUUGGCAUAAUGAUAGCAUACUCCAAUAUUAUUUUCGUGUAUUAUUACUGGAGAAUUGUUAGUAGUAAAUUUUUAUUUCUUGGUGCGAUGAUCGAAGGAUUAUCCGGCGGUAUAAUCGCGAUAAACACUGCGUGUCAUGCUUAUUUAAGCGAUUGCACUAAACCUGAGAAUCGAAGUGUCGCGUUUGGAUUCAUGCAUGCUUUUGCUUUUUGUGGAAUGACAAUUGGACCGACCUUGGGUGGUUACAUAAUAAAAAAGAAUGCGGAAUCGGUUAUAUCAUUAUUUUACAUCGUGCUGUGCGGACUUGUUUUAUUUUUAUUUUUCGUGACGCUCAUCCUGCCCGAAUCCCUUUCAAAAGAAUUACGUCUUCGGAGAUAUGAAUCGUCUUCUUUAUCUACAACAUCGCCAAGGCAAUUAUACUCUUCAUUAACCAUACUUACCCAACCACCGGUGAACGUUAGAGAAGGAAGCUCGUGGAGGGGAAGAAACGCAUUAUAUAUUCUCUCUACCAUUUACUUAAUAUAUAGAUUAUCACAAGCUGGUCAGAAUGAUAUUAUUGUACUGUACACAGCCGAUAAGUUUCAUUGGUCGUUUUUAGAAAAUGGAUAUUUUCUUUCUCUUCAGGCUUUUACUCGUUUUACCGCAUUAAUCUUGCUCUUACCGCUGUGUCGUGUCUUACAAUCCAGAUACCUUUCGUCAAAUUCUCGUGCUCUCGACAUUUUCAUGAUGAGAAUUGGCUUAACCAUGGAAGUGGUUGGUUUUGCACUAUUUGCAAUUGCACCAACACCGAAUAUGUUUUAUUUUGCUUGCGUGAUUAAUAGUUUGGCCACUUUAGCAUCCCCAGCAAUUAGAAGCUUAUUUACGACUUUCGUAUUACCCACACAAGCAGGUCAAAUAUUGGGAGCCCUGAGUGUUAUUGAAAGCGUGGGAAGUGUAUUAAGUCCGUUCUGGAUGAAUUCGUUGUAUAGUUGGUCUGUUAGAGAAGGAUUUUCGGAGUCGGUUUUUUGGGCAAAUUCCAUCUUAUUUGUUGUCAGUACUUUUUUGGCAUUUUUCAUUUUGUAG